CGGACGGACGACUAUAUUAUAAUAUAACUGCACACGUACACCUCCCCUCCUGGUGACAGAUUAUUCGGUUUUGUGGAUCUAAAAAAACAAAGCAACAAUGGCCGAGGAAUGCGAGAGUUUGGAGAAAAUACUGGAGGAUCAUCUGCCAGCCGAUAAGUUAGCAGAAGCUCGACGAAUCAUCUAUGGCCAAGAUGGAUCGAAAUCAAAGCCCUUAGAGUUACCAGAGGAAGCAGUUCGUCUUGCGAAGGAGAGAGAUUUUGAGCUUGUCGGACAUUCCAUUUCAGCAAAGCCAGAAGAGCUGCGCCAACCUCGUAUCGUGCGAAUUGGUUUGGUCCAAAAUAAAAUCGUUUUACCAACAUCAGCGCCCAUCAAGGAUCAGCGUGAUGCUCUACACAGGCGUAUAGGUCAGAUUGUAGAAACAGCGGGGCAAUGCGGAGUGAACAUCCUCUGUUUACAAGAGGCAUGGCAUAUGCCAUUUGCAUUCUGCACUCGAGAAAAGGAACCUUGGUGUGAGUUUGCCGAGUCAGCCGAAGAUGGACCAACGACUGUGUACUGUCAAGAGCUUGCGAAGCGCUACAACAUGGUUAUUUUGUCAUCUAUAUUGGAGAGGGAUUCAACUCAUAGUGACACUAUCUGGAAUACUACAGUUGUGAUUUCUAACUCUGGCGCUGUAAUUGGCAAGACUCGCAAAAAUCACAUCCCGAGAGUUGGUGACUUCAAUGAGUCCACUUAUUACCUUGAGGGGAACACUGGACACAGAGUCUUUGACACACAGUUUGGUCGCAUUGGAGUUAACAUCUGCUAUGGACGUCAUCAUCCUCUAAACUGGAUGAUGUAUGGACUGAACGGGGCGGAGAUCGUCUUCAAUCCGUCAGCUACCGUUGGAGCAUUGAGUGAACCGAUGUGGUCUAUCGAGGCUCGAAAUGCAGCCAUCGCAAACACCUACUUCACUGCUGCUAUCAAUAGAGUGGGCACGGAAGUGUUUCCAUCUGCCUUCACUUCUGGUGAUGGAAAAAAAGCUCAUAAUGACUUUGGUCAUUUCUAUGGAUCCAGUUACGUAGCAGCUCCGGAUGGAAGCCGCACAAGGGGAUUAUCUCGUACAAGGGAUGGACUUCUGGUAGCUGAGGUGGAUCUGAACCUUGUACGCCAAAUCAGAGACAAGUGGAGCUUCCAGAUGACUGGACGUUAUGACAUGUACGCCAAGUCAUUGACUGAUGCAGCAUCUCUAGACUUCAAACCCAACAUCAUUAAAGAGUAGAAAAGAUGUGCCUUCCAUCCAAUGAGAGACUUUUUGGAACUCUAGGUGGCAGCGGACAUACCAGGUAAUGAUCAGAUAUUUGCAUAAGUGAGCAAGUGCACUCUUUCAAGAAGAAUGGAAUGUCUGCUGCCACAAAUAAUGAACAAUGAUACAGUCUGGUUACACCACUUAGAGGUAGUACCUUUAAAAGAUCCCUGUAUUGUGCCUUAUAUUGUUUUUUGGUUUGGGGAAAAUCAAUUCGAAAAUCUCAACAAAGUAUUUGAAGAGGAGAAGGUGUAGAAGUUGAGUCAAUCAUGAAUUACUGAACCACAUGUGAUUUUGUAAGCAAAUUUUCUCCUUGUUGUAUAUUACAAAUAAAUAGAUGAUGUAUUUUAGGGAUUUUUCACUACGAGAGAUAUAUACUUAAUUACUUUAUGAAGUACAAAACUAUUUUUUGAGCAAUCUAUGUUUCCAUGCUAAUUAUUUGUUGAAUGAUUGGAAAUAAAAACAAACAAACAAACAAACAAACAAACAAACAAAAACACAGACAAACAAACAAACA